CCAACCAAACACCAACAUCCUUAACUCUCUCUCUCUCUCCUCAAAGGCUCAAACUUUCCCCUCCAUCAUCAUCCAUUUUCUUCAACCUUUCUCCUCCCCCCCCCCCUCCCUCCUCUCUCAAGAAUUCCUCUCCUUUCCUUUCUAGUGUUUUUGCAGCCAUCAUCACCGCCGUUGAAUUAUUGUUUUUUAUGAUCGAGGAGAAGAUAUGGCAGCGGGCAUGGAUUUCUCGCCACCAUUUACGGUACUAGAAGGCGGUUACAACAAAGACAACAACAACAGCAGUACUAAUGUAUCGGAAAAUCAAAACGCUGAGAAUUUAGACAACCUUAAACAAUCCACCAAUGGGAAACCUCCACGACAUCUCCGUCAAAGUAUGGACUCCACCCGAUUGCUCAACGCCGCUGAUCUGGCGCUUGAUGUUGGGGUUGUGGUCGUGGUUAGUAACUCACUGGCUGAUGAAAGAACGGAUUUUUUACCGUUGUUUCGAUCGGGAAGUUGUGCUGAAGGAGGGCCUAAACAGUAUAUGGAAGAUGAACAUGUUUGUAUAGAUAAUCUUGUUGAUCAUCUAGAUGCCACCGCCAACUGCCCUUCUCCGGGAGCUUUUUAUGGGGUGUUUGAUGGGCAUGGAGGAACAGAUGCGGCAUUGUUUGUGAAAAAUAAUAUUCUGAGGUUUAUAGUCGAGGACUCCCAUUUUCCGAUUUGUGUGGAGAAGGCUAUUAAGAGUGCUUUUGUGAAAGCUGAUUAUGCAUUUGCAGAUGAUAGUGCACUUGAUAUCUCUUCUGGCACCACCGCACUAAUUGCUCUUAUAUUUGGAAGGACAUUAAUAGUUGCCAAUGCUGGAGAUUGUCGAGCUGUGCUGGGGAGGCGAGGUAGAGCAAUUGAUAUGUCCAAAGACCACAAACCUAACUGCACAUCAGAGAGACUAAGAAUUGAGAAACUUGGUGGCGUCAUUUAUGAUGACUACCUCAAUGGCCAAUUAUCUGUUGCACGUGCCCUCGGAGACUGGCACAUGAAGGGCCCUAAAGGUUCGGCCUGCCCUUUAAGUGCUGAGCCUGAAUUGCGAGAGACAAAUUUGACUGAGGAAGAUGAGUUCUUGAUCAUGGGCUGUGAUGGCCUGUGGGAUGUAAUGAGCAGCCAGUGUGCUGUGACAAUUUCUAGGAAAGAACUGAUGCUCCAUAAUGAUCCCGAAAGAUGCUCAAGAGAGCUGGUCAGGGAGGCACUCAGACGCAAUGCAUGUGAUAAUCUAACAGUAAUUGUUAUCUGUUUCUCCCCGGAUCCACCCCCCAGGAUAGAAAUCCCACAAUCCCGAGUUCGGAGGAGCAUAUCAGCUGAAGGUUUGAACUUACUAAAGGGUGUUCUGGAUAGUAACUCAUGAAAAAACUGAUGGUUUGAUCACGUCUGUACAAAUACAUUCAAGGUUGGAACAGGUAAGAACAUCUUUCUCUCCGGGCUGCUCCUGAUAUCCACAAGGCCAUGGCUGACAUUCAGCUUUCUUCAGGGAAUGAAUAUCGCAUGGAUUCUUUUGAGUUUCAAAACCCUGUACAUCUGAUAUAAUUUAUGUUGUUCCAUUUGGAGUUCGUUGUUCAACUUCUUAGUUGCAUGCACCUCCCUCUCAUUCUUUUCUUCUCCGUUGUACAUAAUUUGGGGGGGAAAUGAGAGCUGUGAUCUAACACUCUUCUUUUAAAUCGGUUAUCUCUGUGUUGUCAUUCAAUGAAUUAAUUGAUUAUGAGGGAUUUCCAUGGA